UCCUACACUAAAUACAAUAUUAUUUCAAAGUCACUUUAGCAAUUAGUAUCAUAUUUCAAGAUUUGUAAAAUUACUUUUGUGUUUAAUUUCCCAAAUGCUGCGCAAACGAACUGCAAGUGUAAUCAUCUUUCAUGGCUCUGGCGACACAGGCGCUGGCAUUAAGAAUUGGGUUCGCAGUUUACUUGGCAGAGAUUUCAAAGGUUCCCACAUCAGAUACGUUUACCCCACGGCGCCGUGGCAAAGUUACACGCCCUACGAUGGUGAAGAGGCGAACGUGUGGUUCGAUCGCAAAAAAAUACACAUCGCAGCGGAUGAGGAGAGCGACAACAUGUCAGGGGCAUACGAUAUAGCUAAUGAUCUAAUACAACAGCAGCUGGACUCGGGUAUUCCCCAGCAUCGCAUUAUAGUCGGUGGCUUCUCGAUGGGCGGCGCUUUAGCUCUGCACACUGGAUACCAUCUCAACACGAACUUGGCUGGUGUCUUCGCUCACUCUGCUUUCCUCAAUCGCAAAUCGAUUGUAUAUGAAUCAUUGCAGAAUGAAACGGAGACUCCUGAGUUGAACAUGUUUCAUGGCACCGACGAUGAUGUUGUGGACUUUGCUUGGGGUCAAGAGACCUACAAUGCUCUAAUCGAUUUGGGUGUAAGGGGUUCAUUUACUCGACUGCCAAAUGCAGAGCACGAGCUGAUGGAGAGCUCGUUGCUCGACGUGGAGCAAUGGAUACUGCAAAAGUUAUCCUAGAGAAUACAUAUUUAUUGUUAAUAAAGUGUUUAAUGCAAGA